UGUGUGAGAAACUCAGAGAAGAGCAACGAGAACAAUGAAUGCUUUUGUGAUAAAUGCUCUCCAGGGUCUGUUAUCAUUCAGGGAUGUGGCUGUGGACCUCUCACAGGAGGAAUGGGACUGUCUAAACUGUGCUCAGAGGUCUUUGUACAUGGAUGUGAUGUUGGAGAAUUACAACAAUGUACUUUUUGUGGAGAACCAUUGCAGUAGUGGUAAAUGUGAGAAGCAAUUCCAUCAAGACACAAAGCACUUUAUCCAUGAUCAUCAAAAUAUCCAAGAAAAGAUUUAUAAAUGUAAUGAGCUUGCCAAUGUGAUUCGUGAAUCCUGGCAAUGUACACCUUAUGACACAUGUGACACUGCAGAUAAUUACAACAAGUACAGAUUUGGAAACCACAGGGAUGCCUGUUUUGCCACCUUAAAUCUCAAUAGACCAAAAACUAGGAAUGCUGGAGAAGAACCCUGCAAAUAUGAAGAGAGAAUAACCUGCUUAAAUUUGUGUUCCAUCAUUAGUCAAAAUCAAAGAGUUCAUAGACAUAUGGAAGAACACAAAAGUACUGAGUAUGAUAAAGCUUUUGACUCUAAAACAGAAAUCUCACUGAAAGAAACAGACCAUGGGAAGAGACCACACCAGUGCUGGAAAGGUAGAAAAUGCUUCAAGACUCACUCAAGCUUCAUUGGGCAUCAGAGAACCUAUACUAGACUAGAGAAACCCUAUAAUUGUACAAAAUGUAAAUAUAAUAAGUGCUUUUCUCAUACAUCAAACUUGGAAAGACAUUACAGAAUCCACACUGGACAGAAAACUUACAAAAGUAGUGAAUGUGACAAAUCCUAUGGUUCCUCGUCUCUGAGAAGACAUCAUAGAAUGCACACAGGAGAGAAAGCUUGUAAUGAAUGCGAGAAACCCUUUACCACAAACUCUGAUCACAAAACACAUCAGAGAAUCCACACAGAAGAGAAACCUUACAAAUGUAGUGCAUGUGACAAAUCCUUUUCCUCAAAAGGCAAUCUAAGAAUUCAUCAGAGAAUCCAUACAGGAGAGAAACCUUACAAAUGUAGUGAAUGUGACAAAUCCUUUUCCAGGAAAGACCAUCUUACACAUCAUCAAAGUAGUCAUACAGGAGAGAAGCCUUACAAAUGUAGUGAUUGUGACAAAUGCUAUAUCCAGAAAAGUCAUCUUAAUAUUCAUCAGAGACUUCAUAGAGAAGUGAAACCUUACAAAUGUAGUGAAUGUGACAAAUACUUUACUACAAUCUCUGAUCAUAAAACACAUCAGAGAAGCCAUACAGGAGAGAAACCUUACAAAUGUAGUGAAUGUGACAAAUUCUUUACCUCAAACGGCAGUCUAAGAAUUCAUCAGAGAAUCCAUACAGGAGAGAAACCUUACAAAUGUAAUGAAUGUGACAAGUCCUUUUCCAGGAAAGACCACCUUACACAUCAUCAAAGUAGUCAUACAGGAGUGAAGCCUUACAAAUGUAAUGAUUGUGACAAAUGCUAUUCCCAGAAAACUCAUCUUAAUAUUCAUCAGAGAAUUCAUAGAGGAGUGAAACCUUACAAAUGUAAUGAAUGUGGCAAAUCCUUUACCCAGAAAGGAUAUUUUACAAUUCAUCAGAGAAUACACAGAGGUGAGAAAAAUUACAAAUGUAGUGAAUGUGAUAAAUCCUUUUUGCAUGGCUCAUAUCUUAGAAGACAUCUCAAAACUCAUAAGUGAGAAAACUUACA